AUGGACAGAUUUAUAGUUAAAUACAUGUGUUAGAAGAUGGAUCUAAGGAAUAGCUAUUAGAUUAAAUACUGCAUUCAUAUACGCACUCUCCAUCAAGUAAAUAUUAACUAUCUUAACAAUUCGCAAUACACCCUUACUGGAAUAAAAAAAAUGCAAUUGUUAUUUAAAAAAAUGGUGAUUAAGUUACUUUAUCCUAUGGGUUCAAAGAGUAACCAGUUAGGCAUUAAUAGCAUUCAGCAGAUGAACAGCUUGAGCAAAAUUUAGAAGCGCAAGAAAUGCAUUCCAUGUUAAAGUUUUCGUAUGUUCCACUAGGACAAGAUUGGACACAAUUAUAGCUAUUCUGAUCAAAAUAAAAUGGGUAUUUACAUCCAAGGCACUCAAAGCUUUUAUCGCUAGAGCAAUCUUAGCAUACCUAGUUACAUUAAAUAGCACCAUCUUUUUGACCAAAAGAAAGGAAAGUUAUAUUCAGUAUGA